UGGAGCAUCUUCAUCGGCUUGUUCAUCGUCGCCGCCAUGUGCGUCGGCGCCUGGUUCCUGGCGCCGAAAGGGGAGAAUCAAGUUCUCUGGCGGUCAUCCGUGAUCCUCGCAUUCGUUUGCUGCUACCUCAUGUGGGCCAUCACAUUCCUCGCCCAACUACACCCUUUGAUCGAGCCGAAGCGGUCGGACCUGCGAGAGAAGUUCAUUCACGAGUAG